AUGAAGCUGUCUCCCCCGGUAGAGGACGAUUUCGUCUUCGUAAAUAUCUCGCGCCCCGAUGAGAUCAAGUCUGCUUCAACGCAGCGCACCAUCCGACGCCAUGUCAUGCGCGACAUUGGGAGAUCACGUCGUACACGCCCGGAGCAACGAACUUGGUCUGUGGCCCUGAGAGCCCCGUCAGAUCCAGUGACAGAACACAUUCCAGCGCCGAUUGACCCAUCGCUACAGCUCAUGCACUUCAUGACUACGGACCGCGACUACGUGUUCCGUCCGUUCCGGACCGUCUGGUUCUCCAUGGCAUUAACUGACGCCACUGCCAUCCUGGUGGCCUUGGCUAAUGCUGCCAUGUUUCUCGAUCAACGCCUGCGGGCCCAGGGUUAUCAGUAUGCGACCAGUACGGAGUGUCUGAGUUACUACGGACAAUGCGUUCGGCAGGUCACACACCGGCUGGCAGAUACCCGUGAGAGUCUUAGCCAAGGGGUCAUCACGGCCAUAUUGGGCCUGACCUGUCACGAUCUCUAUGUUGGUACGUUAGAUCGCUGGAAAAUUCAUAUCAGUGGCCUGGGCCGUAUCCUCCACCUGAGGGGUGGAUACCGGGGCCUAGACGACAGUGUCACGCGCUUUGCCAUUUGGCUUGAUGUUGUGGGCAGCGUGAUGGAAGACUCCCGCCCUCGGUUGCCUACUCCGCCGGGGUAUGCGGCUCGAAUUCCCGAUAUGCUGUCUCCCACUCUGAGAAGCCUUCUAAGGGACCUUACUGCAAGAUACGAUUGCUUCCGUGACGUCGCGGCUGCCUUCAGUUAUGCGAGCUCCAUUGUCCAAUACACUGCCGGGUCCCUUUGUCGUUCCGAGACAGCCUGGGUAAACGAGGAUAACCUCACUGUCAUUGAACUGUUUGGCCCAGCCACACAUUUCCUGCUUUCCAUGUCGAGGCCAACCGAGUUGGAUUUAGUUGCAACAGAAAACCCAAUCCUGCAACUCCGCGAAGCACUUCGGCUGGUGCUAUUACUUUUUCUUGCCACAAUGAAGCAAGAUAUCUUCCUCUUUACCGCUCACGAACGCCAAUAUCUGCAGUGGAAGUUAUCAACGCUUAUUCCACAGAUGGAGAGAACCGACUACAACGACUCUUGUCUGAAACUGCAUCUCUGGGUUCUUGUAACAGUGUCUCGACUUUCUCAUUCUACCCAGCCAGGGUUGUACCUUGACGAUAUCCGGUCCUUGCUGGACCUUCUCGGCAUGGGUAGCAAGGAAGGAACUGAUCUUGUCGAAAGUAUCCUGUCCAUUAACAUUCUGGAUGCCUAUCAUCCUUUUCUCCCAGUGCUCAAGACAUCCUCAUGUUCAUAG